GGACAACCCGUUUCCCCCCCCUCCCCCUGUCCCGCUUCGCCUGCUGCUUUCUUCCCUCCCUCCCCCUCUCCCUCGAUCCUUCUCCCCCUUCCCCCGUGGCCUUCUCCUUCGAUCAUGUCCUCGCUGCCGGGAUUCCACCUCUCGAGCUCCUCGCUGCCGCCCACCUCACAGAACGCCGGGGCCCAGGCGGGUAGUUCCGGCGACGCCGUCGUCGCCACCGGGACAAUGACCCCCGGACAGCAGCAGCCCACCGCCGCGGCUGCUGCCCAAAUGCGCGCCGCCACGGCUGCUGUGGCCGCGGCUGCUGCCCAGCCGACACGCAAGAAUCCCGCCCAGCGUUCUGUCCGCAAGGGGCCAAACAUUUAUGGCCGGGUCAGCCUCGCUGCGCUGGCCUUCCUCUUUUCGGAGAUCGUCAAAAUGGCCAACGAAGCUGGCGGCGGCAUUGAGAAGAUCGAACAGCGUCUCUUCGAGGUGGGCUACUCGGUGGGCAUCCGCGCCGUGGAGCUAGCAUACAUUCGUGGCUCCGGCCUUGGCGAACAGAGCACUCCCCUCCUCCGGAGCACCACCAUCGUGGAGAUCCUCCAGAUCAUUCAGACUGUCCUCUUUCCCAUGCUGUAUGGCACGCGCCUGGGGCCGAUCGAGCGGGACACCUCGCGCAACCACUACUACCUGAUCGAUGAUGACCCGGUUGUCUCGCAAUUUAUUUCGGUCCCGGCCGACAUGAAGGAUCUCAAUUGCGGCGCCUACAAUGCCGGGAUCAUUGCGGGCUUCCUUGAGCGUGCUCAAUUCCCUGCCUCGGUGUCAGCCCACAACCACGCUUCCAAGGAUCUCCCCAGCCGGACAGUCUACAUGGUCAUGUUCGAGCAGUCGGUGCACGAUCGCUGCAAGCGCCUGGAAUCCGGUGGCAGCUGGUCGCCUAUCAACUCGCCAACCGGCCAGUAGCCAUCAAGUAUCCCGUGACCCUGCUCCAUAUCACAACGCAAUAAAAUGCCAUUUCAUUCUA